CCGGCCAUGUUAUUGAAAAAAGUCUACUUUUCAAGACACGUGUUUAAUUCCACAAUUUUAUGCAGAAAUAACAGUGAAAAACCAAACUAAACGCUAUAAAAACUAUUAAAAACGGUAGAAGCGCUUACAAAGCAUCAAAAAAUAUCAAAAAACUUUAAUUUUUGUGAUAAAACAAAGAUUCUUCAACAUUCAGCGAAAAUGGUAUCUGGUCGCCCACUUUUAUAUUUGUCACUGCCUGGUGUAGCAUUUAUACUUGGCGUAUUUUGGUUUCGGCGUCGGAAUAAAAAUCGCGGAGAAAAUGAUACGAAAAAACUAGGCAAUGGCACGAUAACGUCCGACAAGGAUUUACCAUCACAGACCGAAGUCACUGAGGAUCUAAUCACAAAAACAAAUACCACAUGUAAUAAUAACAGUAGUAAACCCACAUCCACACCCACAAAAUCAAUGAACAUAAACGGAACUAUACCAUCGGAUGAAGAGAAUCCCGCAAAUCGAAUGUUUGGCAAAUCGGCACCCAUUAAAAUUGUACAAAACGGUCGUGGCCCCUCACCGGUAAAACAAACGGCACAACAGCAACUGGAUUCGGAGGUUUUAAAAACCAAAAUUCAAGAUGCUGAACACAAGUUGUUGCGUUCCAUAGAAGAAGAUUUUGAAAAUCUUUCCUCUCCCGUCGAUCUACCCGAUUCCAUAAAUAAUCGUACAUCAUUCUAUUCGCGUAACGUUGAUAUCAAAAAAGACAAACCGGUUGUUAUAAUGGCCACGACAACACCCAAAAUUUCGCCAGAGAAUUCAUUUUUGGAAAGUAAAUAUACCAAAGACUGUGAAGAGGAUAGUAAUAAAUUAGACAAGAAAGAAAACCACAAUGAAAAGGACAACAACACAACAUCAUCGUCUGUUGGUGGCAGUAAUGGUAAUGGCGAGAAAAGCAUAUCCCCCUCGGAGAAAGUUGUUGCACAAACCAAUAUUGUCGCUAAAAAUGCCACUGACGACUGCACAGACAAUUGCGGCACAACAAAUGUCACAGAUAAACGUAAUGUUGAUGCCGCCAGCCCAUCCUUAAGCCUAUGUAGUGUGCAAUCCGGUGAUUCGGGUAAAGGUUCCAGUUUACCCCGAUCAGAGGCCACACGUGCUAAAACUACAUAUGAAUUCUUUUUGCCAGACAGCCUAGUUGGAUAUUUGUACGGUCGCCGACGUUCGUUUAUCAAUCAAAUCAAGUCCAAAACAAAUGCCACAGUAGUUUUACGCAAGAAGAUGUACCCCGGUAAAUUGCGUGUGUGUGUCGUUGAGGGUACCGAUAGUGAAAUACAAGCUGCUCUGGCAUUAAUCCGUCAACGUUUGCCGGCCAAGCGUUAUCCCAAAUUAACAAUGCAAAGAAUACAUUUUGCACUUCCACAAUCUGUAGUUCCUUUAUCAAACGAAAGUCUGCUUAAUCUUCAGCUUAACCUAAUCGAAGGUAUCAACAAUGAUGUAGUUGUUAGUGCUAUUAUCUCGGGUACCCAUAUAUUUGUACAACAACCCCUACAUCCCACACAUCCUUCGUUAGCUGUUUUACAAAAAUGUCUAUAUGAAAGCUAUACAACAUCAGAUGCACCUCUAUUGCCUGGCGUUGAGUUGAAUGCUGUGUGUGUUAUGCCAGUAAAUGCUAUUUGGUAUCGGGUACAAAUUGUCGAUGGUGACGUUGAAGAUCCAGAGCGAUGUGUUGUUAAGUUUUUGGAUUUCGGUGGCUAUAUGAAUGUACACUUGAGUGAACUGAGACAAAUACGUUCAGAUUUCAUGACAGUACCAUUCCAAGCCACCGAAUGUAUACUCUCAAAUAUAGAGCCAAUAGACUCCUGCUGGACACCAGAAUUUGCUGAUAUUCUAUGUAGACUAACCAAAGGCAUUGUUCUGCAAGCACAAAUUGCCGGUUACAAUUCACAUAAUAUACCAGAAAUAUUUUUGUUCGCUUGCUUAGGCCCCAAUAAUGUUAUAUUUAUCAAUAAGGAGCUUGUUGCCAGAAAUCUUGCAAAAUGGGUGGACAUAAGAGACUGAUUAUAUCCCGCUAAGGAAAUGCAUACAGAAACAGAGGCUGCCGAUAGCAACAAUAAUAACAUUGAAUUGGACGUUGUUGUCGCUUACAACAGCAAAAUUAGCAGACCAGAAAUAAAUCACAACAACAACAACAUUAACUAAGUUCUCAAAACGUUUUUACCAACAGAAUUUUAACACAAAAACAACACAUAAUACACUCACAUACACACACCCACACACACGCUCUAAUGGUAACUAUUAAAGCCACAAAACAAAUGCACUUAAGAAUUGUAAAAGCCAUAUAAUACCUUCAAAAGGUCUCUUAUCUUGCUCUCACUCCGCAAAAUAUUUGAAACUAUUUUAGAGUAGAACUCGAUGAGAAAGCCGCCAACCACCAUUAGAGAUAUUUAAGAAAGGUUGUUGCUGCAACCAUUAUUUAUAAUAAUUAAUUAAAGGCUUUAGUCAAGAAUAACUCAAACAAACAAACAAACCAUUCACAAAUAUUAAGAACAAGAAAGUAAAAUAUGCUAAUAUUUCAUCACUUUUAUUCAAAUACAAGAAGUGAAUGAUGUCAAAAAAGAAAAGAGACAAAAGCCAAGAGUAGUUGUAGGUACAUCUGGAAGAGAACCACACAUGUUAUACAAAAUGCAGUCAGUCAGUGCUCUUUUAACUUAAACAUAAAUUAACAUCAACAAGAACAACAAAAAGCUUUUAUGUAGGCAUCUUUUGUAAAUAUAUACUAUAUAGGAUUUAGUAAUUAAAUAUAGUACAUACACACAGAAACUGCAGCAGCAGAGGAAGAAGUAACAGAAGAAGUUGAAAAAAAAAAAACAACAAGAACAGAACAAAAAAAAAAAACUAUUUUAAAAUUCACUUCUUAUGUGCUUAUAUUUUCAUAUUCCUCAUGCUCCUUUUAUUUAUUAUAUUUUUUGUUUUUUUUUUUUUAUUUUUGUUCAGCAGUCCUUUCUUAAGUUUUAAGUGACAAAAGAAACACAGAAGUUAGUCAUUGUUAUUUUUCUACUUUCUAUGGCAAUUUUCCCCCAUACCCAAUUUUAAACCAUCAUAACAAGACAAAAUCAGUCAAAUAUUAUCCUCUUAGAAUGCAAAAAACAAAGCCCACAAGUUUUCAUUGUGGUCAGUCUUUUCAAAUUCACUUAAAUCAUGGAACUUACCAUACUAUUACAUACAUGUGUACAUAACAUUUAUAUCCUUCUUUUUUAGUUUUGUUUUCUUUUAUAUACAAACAUACAAAAAAUAUAUAUUGUAAUUUCAAAACAAGAAUAAUUACUGUUAUGCGAAACGAGGAGGAGAAGAAGAAGACCGAGGCAGACAAAUAAACAAACCACUGGGUCAUGAGAAAAGCACAUCAACAAUAUGAGUGUCUUAGGGAUUACGUUUUCAGAGGAAAAGGAGUAUAGAAAAGUUUCACCUGCCUGAAAAUAAAACCAUAACCUGUCCAUAGGAUUUUGUCCUCACUGCGAAAAUGUUCAAUAUACAGAAAGAGGAGAUCUAGCUACAUAAAUAUAUUAUGUAACUUUUAUAAAAAAAUACACCUGACGUGCAUUUUAGAGAUGUGACGGGUUUCGAUUGAAUUUCCUUUUUAACACAAUUUUUUAAUCUCCCUCAACGCAAGUGUGAAAUUCAGUACCAAGCAGAACAAGAAUUCCCUUGUUAAUUAGAAUUAAACAAUUGAUUAUAGUUCGGAAAAUUUUCCUAGGAACAUUAUAUUCAACAUAAAGCUACAAUUACGAUUGAAAUUCGUACUCUCGGUUUGUGGCUUGAUUUGGAAAUUGUAUGGCAUCAGGAUAUUGCAUACCGGGGAGAAAUUAAUUUUUGGCGUUAGGAUAUUUAUUUAACAUCGAGAAAACAAUAGUUUUUCUAUACCCUCAGCCGUAUUUGAUAGGUCAAAAUGUGCCUAGUCGAAAUAACGCUUUUAGAUCCUAGGUUUCUUUGGACCAAAUCCGUUUCAGAAUAUUUGGAGUCGAUCUAACGAUGUCCGUCAGUCCGUCCGUCAGUCUGGCUGGCUGCUGCGCACGAUAACUCUCGAAGGGAGUAUCUGAUUUGGUCCAAACUUGGUAUAUCGUAAUGUUUUUUUUGUUAAACUUAGAUCGAGUUCGGAGAUGGGCAAUAUCGGUUCACUCCUGUUACCUCCCCCACAAGGGCGGAAAUCUUCAUAAAACAUAUUUUCUACACAGAAAGAGAAAGGAUAACCCAAUUUUGCUCCAACUUUGCAAAUCCUAAUAUUUGCGUCAGUGCUCGGUCAGGUGCGAAAAUUGACCAUAUCGGUCCACGCUAUCAAGUACCUCCCCCACAAAGAGUCAACAUUUUGAAUAAUUACAACUCUCAUAAAAUGUGAUGUAAUAGUCCGAUUGUCAGGUUCUCUUUAUAUUUCACACAUACAAACAUUUUUUGCUAACACAAGAUCUGUUGUGAAGAUGCUAUAUAUCUGCGAACCCCUUCUAGUACCUCACCCACAAAUGGUCACAAUUUUCAAUAAUUUUAUAAUAUAAAUUGCAAAAAAAACUCAGCGAUUCUUUACAACUUGCUAUAUCUAAAUAUAUGUCUCUCAACCUGAAACCUUAGAUGAAUAUUGAAUUUAUAAUUUCCCAUAAAUUGGAUAUAAAUGUUCGAUUUUCUUAUAAUUUUGGCGAAGGAAGUUAGUCCAAACCUGGCACGUAUUUAGGUCUGAUACGAAAUCAACAACAUUGGCCCAUUCUUUCAGUUUGAAUAAUCAUAACAUAAGUCAAAAUAUUUUUAAAUAAUCGAACAUUGGCUGAGGGUAUACAUCUGUCGGCAAAACCAACCGAUACUUUUUUACUUGUUGUUUUUCAUAGCCUCAAAACCUAAAAUCUCUUUUCGAUGUUCAUCCCAAGCAAUUAAUCUAUAAUUUUAACAAUUUGACGAGGAAAGAGAAAAAAACAUUUCAAAAUUCAAAGAAACUACCCAUGAUUUUAUAGCUUAAAGUGUAUGAUUCGCGCAUUUCAAAAUUCAAAGUAACUCCCCAUGAUUUUAUAGCUUAAAGUGUAUCAUUCGGACCAGAAAAACGUUUCAAAAUUCAAAGUAACUUCCCAUGAUUUUAUGGCUUAUCAUUCGGACCAUCUUCUUAUUUGUACGCCUAAAGACAGCCUUCGAUUAAUUAUUAAAAUCAUUAUCUGUUGCCUUGUUUGCCUUUUUCUCCUCCACAGUGACAUGUUUUUUCCUUGAUACGUUCUUGAAAUAUUCAAGUAUUUUUUUCCUUCUUAAUUAUUUUUGUUUUUAAAUUAAAAUUUCUUCACAGAUCUUCAAUUUUAAAAAUUUACUUUUUUUUGCUAGUAAUUUAAGCCGACAUUGCAAAAGAGGAGGAGUAACAGAAUAUAUAGAUACACAUAACAAUAAUAUUUAUUUUGAAAUUACAAUGCCUUUUUUAAAAUGAUGAUAAAAAUGGCUUUGUUAUAUUAUUAAAAGAAAUAUCUAAUGCUAUUAUUAUUUAGUUUUCUUUAUUUUUUUUUUUUAAAUAGAAUGAUGAGAAUAUUUUGUAGGCUUAGUGUUAAUCUUUCUAAACGUAAUAUUAAUUAUUGUAUUUUAUUUUAUUAUAAUUAUCAUUUUAGUUAAAAGAACAACAACAAAACAAGUUAUUACAUUAACCUGCCGCCGGAGAGUAAGGGGUUGUGCUAUUUUAUUUUUGUAUACCUUGUCUCUAGCCCAGACCUUUUACCUAUCUAUUCUACAAAUAUCACUUCUCACUCACUAUUAUAUUGUUA